AUGGCAACAGCUUCUGCCACACUUUCCCCCUCCACAUUUUCUGCUGCUGCCAUUGCGGGCUUAGGCCGCACCUCCCAGAGGAGAAAAACCAAUGUACACUUCAUAGGGGGACUGAACUCCUUUGAUGGACUGAAAGCUUACAACAGUGUGGCCUCUUUAGGCCUUCCUGUUUGUACUGAGCAGUCCUUUGCAAAGAUUGUGGGCUCACUGAAGUCCCCAUCACAAGGCAAAGGAAGAGGAGGAGGAGCUCUGUCUUCUACCUGCAAUGCUGUUGGAGAGAUAUUCAGGAUUGCGGCAAUCAUGAACGGCCUAGUUCUCGUUGGAGUUGCAGUGGGGUUUGUUCUUCUUCGAAUUGAAGCAUCUGUGGAGGAGGCUGAAUGA